CGAGGAGGAAAUCCUGAAAUCAAUCCGAGAAUGAGUCUUGUGUAGAAAAAAAUGAUACGGUAUACUUGUAGUUAUCAAAAGACGGAAAAUACAAUGUAGAUAUUCGGAGAUGUGAUCCAUGGAUAGAAGGAUUGAAGGCUAUUCUUAGACAAGUAUCAUCAAACUUCUCCAUCGCUCAGCGUGUGAACUACUUGCUGGCUAAUGACGUCUAUCAAGUAUUUUAUCAGCCACUGUUUAGCCCUCCCCUUCCGAGCCAUGACGUCCCUGAAAGAUAGGUGCAAGCUACAGAUCAUCUCCAUCUUAGAUGGUAUAGUUCUGUUUGCUGCAGUAUGUAUGGGUCUCUACACCUGCUGGCAGCUGACUGGGGAUUCAACCAUCGUCCUCCUCACUGGAUUUGGUCUGCUCAUCUUUGCUCUUUCCGCUAUCCUCUACUACUACUUCGAUCUCGUUGACUACACCCUUAGCUUCACCCACCUCUGGUAUGGUUGCCUUCUUGGAAUCAUCUCCUUCAUGGAUGUUGGUCUCAAUGAGGCGGCUCCUAUCACCAAAGCCACGAACGGUCUUCUUGCGAGCAGUCUUGUUCUAAAGAUGAUCUGGUCAUUCUCAGAGAGAGCUUGCGGCCAGACUGGCUACACAUCCCGUCUCCUCACCACCGUUGAGAAAUACGAAUGUAUUGGUUUCAGUAUUGCAUGCAUGAUCAAAUCCACCUAUAUGGUCAGCCUGUGGUUACUGGUCAUCGCAUUUGCAUUCACCAUCGCAUCUCUGCGUCUGAAAGUAGCUUGUGCCAUCCCAAUCCUCGUAUUGUUUGUAACCUUGUCAGCCACCUUUUUUUUUCAUGCCAUAGAGGUUCCGAUUAAUCCAUUUGCACUGAGUUGCUUUGCUGGUAGAUUGCUCAUCGAUCCUGUACUAGACCUAUACUUCUGUGGGUUAUCAGUCUUGGAGAGAUGGAACUGUCUCAUUAAUCGCAGUCACCUUAUUCACAGACUACUCCUGCUUCUUGCCAUAGCUUUUGAAGUUCUUUUCCUGAUACUAGCAGGGGAAGCCACUCUGACUCAUGAAGAAUGGUACUUUGCUAUCCCUGCGUAUGCUGUCUUUGGCAUCUUGUGGAUCAGUCUUCACGUCGUGUUUGUGAUCACCACCUGGGGCUUCAUCGGCAAACUGAGAGAGUGCAACCGCGCUUACCACGCUGUCAGCGAAGAAACGAAUAAGAGUUUGAGUGUGAUCAUGGCCUCUAAAGGACUGCGCUUCUUCACAACCAUAUCACGACGAUUGGUGGCAUCAGCCCUUCUGAGCACACUGUUUCUGGGUGCAGUGAUGUGGCAGAAUCACAAUGCAGCAUUCAUGGCUGGCUGGCUUAUUGUGCUGACUGUAGAAGGCAUGCUGCAUGGACUUCUAUAUGAGCUGGCUGGAGCAUUAGGAGGAACAUGCACAGCAUAUGCUGUUGUUGGCCCUUCCUCAUUCUGCAGAGCUGACGGCUCUGCAGUACCCCUUCCCAUGACGGCAGCCGAAGAGAACAGCAACCGCUCCAUGGGUCUCCUCAAUACCAUCCAACGCUUCUUUCUCCACCACAUGAUAGACAUCUACAGCUGCGACUUUUCCACCAGCGGUCUCACCCUGGACUCCCUCAACACCAAGCUCCGGGCUUUCCUCUCUCGAUGCACGGAGGAUGGGCCAAGGUUCGACACGUACCUACUCUACUACAGCGGACAUGUUCAUGCCAAUGGUGAUUGGGCUUUGGCAGACAACGGGGUGCUGAAGUUUGACCAACUGUUAGAACUGUGGUCAUCCCUGGACCAGCAAUCAGGAUCAAGAUUAAUCCUUGUCACAGACACACCUAGUGGUGGUGAAUGGCCAAAGCGAAUCAAGAGUGAUGCAGACAACUUCAUCGCAAUCCAGACAUCCAUCUUAAAAAAAUCCACCGAUCCAGAGACGGGAGUCACUACAUCUGUAGGAGAUUUUACAAAAGAAUGGGUGGACUUUAACUGCACCAAGGAAACAGAUAUUUCAUGGCAUGAGCAAGGUCGGCGCACCAAGGCCGUGUAUGCUGUAUGCAGCCGAUGGAGUGAGUUCACGUUCCAUCAGCCGACCGAGAGCGACAUGGAAAGUCACUGGCAGAGUAACUUUCCCCGUACCACUCACCCGCUGAUCAAGCUUCUACAGCUUCCUAGUGCGUUGGACUGCUUAUCAUUGUGUUCCGGUUGUCUGUAUUGUAUUAGACGCUGGAAACUGAAGUGGCUGCCACCAAAGAUUAUCAACAGUGGACAUGGCUUCAAGUUGGUACAAUCUUGAAUGGGAUUGGCCAUGUCUAUCUAGAGGUUUGGUUAAAGAUUUAUUCUUUUUUUCUUUUCAAAGAGGAGUUAUUUCUAUUUGUUUUCUUUUCUUUAUUUCCCCCUCCUC